AUGACAUCGGUGCCACGCCAACAGCGAGAGGGAGAGGGUACUAGCACUUAUCUCGCCAUGAAGACCUGCGCCCGUUGGGCCCAUCGAGCACCCUGCUCGACAUCGCUCGCGUCAGCCCUUGUUCGCCACGACUCCCAUCCACACGUCUGCCCUAUCCUCCCCUCCCCCGUCAGCGCCAGCAUGAAUGACGAGCCUCCCUCAUCAUCUGCUCCAGCUGUCAGCAUCCCGUCGAGCAAGCAGCACAACGGCACCUACCUACCGGCGACACCCGACACCCGCGUCUUACCUUCGCACGUCAACCUGGACGACGUUGUCAGCACUCCUGCAGCGGGUAGAUGA